UUGUAUAGCUAUUUUAUGGGAGUAUUGGGUUGGUUUCUUAAAUUUAAUUUGCUUUUGCUUUUGCUUUGCUUUUGCUUUGCUUUUGUUUUCAAAUAUCUCCAACGAUCAUCUUUGGAUCCCCACUUUGGCAGUGGAUGAUUUGCUAACUAUUCACCCUCUUGUAUCGCAUUUAGUCUCCAAAUUGAGGCAUAUUUUUCGUUUUAUGAGAUGACUGGGUUCCCUAAAGCUCCCACAAGAGCACUACUAUCUGAUGAACCGGAGGAGAAAUUGGCAGUUAACUCGCUAUGUCAUAAUACCAAACUCGUUCAUCCGCAUCCCAAAUCCUCCCAUAUCCAUAAUAAUAAAAUCAUGAAAUCGACUAAAUUGAACCAUUCUAUAGCAUCACCGGAAACCGUGAUACGACAUUUGCCCGGGAAAUCGAUUCCAUCUUCCACCACCACGUCACUAAGCCAAAGUCCAGUAUCGACGUCCGAAGAAGAAGGGGAAGAAAAAAAUGACUUUACUAAGAUAUCGAAUAUCUUGAAUGAAGAACAAAAACUGCAAGAAUCACCUACUCAUUUGAGAUCGAUUUGUACGUCUCCCUUACCAAUCAACGUUAUCGAAGAUCCCGAAUCAUUAAUAACAAAGGACGUGGUAAAAUUAUUCCAAUAUUCAUUAAAUAAAUUUUUAGGUAGUUUACGAGCAAUGAAUUUAGAACCACCAGCAGAUAUUAAAAGAGAAGUGAUUAAAAGUGUCGAUAAGCCAAUGGACUCAACGAAUUCAUCACCAAAAUUACCAAAUUUGAUUAAUGAUACUUAUGGACAAAACGUUAAUAUAUAUGUCAAAGUUGCUAAAUACAUCAGGGAAACAUUACCGCCAAAACCGUUGAAUGAUGACUUACAACAAGUGAAUUUAACCCCCCAGGAAAUCUUGGUGUUUGCCGCAAUGGGCACUGACACCACCAACAUUUCAAAUUUGAGAGAACUAUUAGACGAGUCAAAUAAUCAUCACUUGAAACCGCUUAAUGAAAAUUACCCCAUCAUCAAUAAAUUGACCAACCAAUUAAUUCAAAUCCAAUCCUCCAUUGACGAAUCGACUUUCACCACUUUAAACGAGUCAAUUAAAGUCAUUUCAAACUCAAUUAAUCUUGCCAUCAAAUUACAAAACCCAGUGCCUCUCUUCAAAAAAAUUUGGUUCAGUGAUGAUAAAUUCUAUAAAUUAUUGAAAAAAAGACAAUACUUCUCCCUAAGAGUAUUAUUUGUCUUUCUGUGUUUAUGUAUGAUGACCAGAUUACCUUUUAUGAAUGAAAUUAACGUUUGGGUAGAUUACAUUGAAUGGUUUAUGAAUUUCAGCUUGGCAAUCGAUGAAGGCGAUUCACGAAUCAAUAAGCAAUUCCGGAAAUUCGAUGAGUGUCUAUACAACUGGGUCCUUUGUAAAAAAAUUAGACUAGAUAAAUCUAAUUUAGACAAACUAGGCCAGUUUGACCCAGAAUCUAAUAACUUGUGAUUGUUUUUUGCAACUUUUAUAGAUAUAUGCAUACAUUUUUUUUUAAGCGCGCUAAACCGU